CGUCCCGGCAGAGCCAGGAGGACUGGACGGUGUGCGACCGCUGCGAGGCAUACCGCCCGCCCCGCGCCCACCACUGCCACGUCUGCCACCGCUGCGUGCGCCGCAUGGACCACCACUGCCCCUGGAUCAACAACUGCGUUGGGGAGUUAAACCAGAAGUACUUCAUCCAGUUCCUCUUCUACACCGGGCUGGCCAGUCUCUACGCCACAGGGCUAGUGCUGGCCGCCUGGCUAGGACUGUGGGAAUGGGCUCUGGGCUGCCCCACGUUGGCUGUGUCCCCCAGCCCCGCUCUGACCCACGGCUGCCCUCCCAGGGCUCACUGCAUCGUCCUGCUGCUGGAGUCCCUCCUCUUCGGGGCCUUCGUCGCUGUCGUGUUUUAUGAUCAG